AUAUGCAUAUAUAUACAUGUUUUGAUUCUCGGAGAAUUUCAUAAUCUUCUGCAUGCGUUAAGAUAUUUAUUUUCAGUGAAAAAUUUGGGUAUGGGAAAGAGUUUGUUUCAAGAAUCUCUCAAAGCUCUAGAAGCUGAUAUUCAGUAUGCUAAUACACUGGCAUUAGAGCAUCCAAGGGAUAAAGAAGGAGGAUGCUUUCAGAUGAGGCUAUCUUACAGUCCUGUGGCUCCACUUUUUCUCUCUCUUGUUCAAUGGACUGAUUACCGGCUUGCUGGUGCUCUUGGUUUGCUCAGAAUUCUAGUUUUUGUGACAUAUGGAAAUGGGAAAACUACUAUUUCAAUAUAUGAAAGGAAAGCAAGCAUAAGACAAUUUUAUUCGGUUAUAUUUCCUGCUCUGCUGCAACUUCAGAAAGGCAUCACAGAUUUGGAAGAAAGGAAACAGAAAGAAGUAUAUGCUAUUAGAUACCAAAAGAAGACCAAUUUCAAAGAUAGAAGAGAAUCUGAAAUUGACAUUGAAAGAGAACAAGAAUGUGGAGUUUGCUUGGAAGUGAAAGCUAAAGUUGUGCUGCCUAAUUGUUGCCACCAAAUGUGCUUUGAGUGUUACAGAGACUGGUGUCUUAGGUCUCAGUCUUGCCCCUUUUGCCGGGAUAGCUUAAAGAGAGUAAACUCUGAGGACCUUUGGAUUUACACAGACACAAGUGAUAUAGUUGAUGUUGGAACAAUUUUCAAAGAGAAUUGUAAGAUUCUGUUUCUUUACAUAGAAAAGUUACCUCUUAUUAUUCCAGAUCCCAGACAUGUGUCCUAUGAUCCAUUUUUUAGGUAGUGGUUUCAAAUCUCUAUAUUGCCCUCUCAUUGUACAUGUAAAUCCAUUUGGAUCAUAAUUAAAAUGUAUAUAUAUUCUCUUUUUUUACUUUCA